AUGUCUUUCAGAGGAACUAAAUUUAAUCAAAUCCCAACAGCAAACGCUGGUGGAUUUAACACACCAAAAAAAUUUGAAGAAUUCUCCAAAAAAGUUGAAGAUUUAUUAGAUCAUCCAAUGGUUUCAAAAUUAAAACCUUACAUUCCUCAAAUUGGUAGAUUUUUGAUUGUUGCUACCUUUUAUGAAGAUUCUUUAAGAAUUAUUUCACAAUGGAGCGAUCAAGUUUACUACUUAUGGAAUUAUAGACAUAUUCCUUACUUUCUAGUCUUGAUUCUCUUGUUUUUCGUUGUUGUUACAAUGUUGGGUGCUUCCACUAUGAUUGUUUUGAGAAAACAUGCUUUAUAUGCAAGUGCUGCUUUGAUUUCAGUUAUUGUUGUUCAAGGUUUUAUGUAUGGUUUAUUUGUUGGCUCAAACUUCAUUUUGAGAAACUUUUCUUUGAUUGGUGGGUUAUUAAUUGCAUUUUCUGAUACAUUGGUUCAACAAAAGACAAGAUUUGCAGGUUUACCAGAAAUUUCUUCAAACAACGACUUCAAAAACUAUGUUUUAUUAGCUGGUAGAAUUUUGUUGGUCUUACUAUUUUUCACUUUCAUUUUAACUAAAAGUUGGUUAACCACAAUUGUUGUUUUAAUUGGUGUCUCUGCUAUUGCGUUUGGAUACAAGACUAGAUUUGCUUCCGCUGCUCUGAUCACCAUUUUAACCUUUUACAACUUUUCAUCAAAUGCUUAUUGGUUCAAUACUUCAGAAGCACAAAGAGAUUACUUGAAAUAUGAAUUCUUCCAAACUUUGUCAAUCAUUGGUGGUUUACUAUUAGUCGUUAAUACUGGUGCAGGUGAAUUGUCAUUAGAUGAAAAGAAAAAGAUUUAUUAA